CUUAAGUAUCACAAAAUAAAAAAUAGAAAAGACACGAUUGCAUGCGGCUCACGCCUCAUUGUUAAAAUAUGACGUAGCGAUGGAUAGGCAGACACGUUCGAGGGGGUCAGCUGGCGCGAGAAGGGGCCCCGUGCGAUCAGUCCUCUCGCCGCUGCUUUCCGGUUGCGGUGGCACGCGAGCUCGUGAAAUCGGCCUCACACAAUUUUCUCCCACUGUAAUGAUUUCUCGUAUCCGAAGUAAGCGUCGUUGGUGUUAAAAAUAUUGAUAGAAACAGCGGACAAUAUUUAAUUCACUCACUAUCAUACUCAAUUGUAGCGGCAGCAAUCUGGAUUAACUGGUGUCAACGACCUCCUCGAUUUUUUUUGGAUGUCGUAAAUCCAGCUCCAUAAAUAUGUGAGAAGGAGAACUAGAAGGUAUACAACCAAAAUGUAGUCUGUAGUGUGUUAAUUUUAGAAUGGACUACAUUCGAAAUUGUCUUGCGUGAAAAUUGAUUGAAUAAUUAUCUUUUUUUAACGAAUAGUAGAUAUGAUUGAUAUCUACUAUCAAUAGAGUAUAAUACGUGCACUGCAAGAGAAUUAUUUUUCAAGAAAACGAUGAUUCUUCAUGUAAUUAUAUUAACGUUACUGCGCGAAUGCUCUCCUUGCUUUAUUUCUUGAAAAAAGAAUUUUAGAUUAUUUAAUAUAUGUAUAUCCUUUCUAAAACAAUGAAGAACGUAAAGUAUAAUUAAGUAUGAUACGUGAGUAAUUAUCUUUCGAAUUUUAACUGUAAUAUCCAACGUCAGAAUGCGAAAAAAGAAAAACGAAACUACUACAUUUAGCGUUAAUUGGGAGCAGUAGACUGAGAUCUCAUAUAAAAAGCAAAUGAGUCGAGAAGAAUUGCGGGUUAUUUAUUGUGUUUUCACGCCUAAUAUACCGAUGCUCUUUAACUUCAUGUAGCUAAACGGCGAAUGUGAAGCAUAAAGGAAUUCGUCUUAAUAUGUAUUAAAUGCGCCUUAAUUUAUGGAUGCAUGUGUGCGUGCGUGAGUGCGUGUGGGUUGUCAGUGUACAGACUAAAUUAUUUCACAUAAUAAUGUGAAAUAUUAUUAUGACAUAUUUCGUAAUUAAGAAAAACAUAUCAAGCAUUCAAAAACAAAUUACUGACAAAAAAAAUUACAAACUGCUAAAUCUUUCAAAAUCGGGAAGGCUUAUUAUUUCUAAAAACACUGAGAAAUUCUAGCAGGAACUCGCAAUUUCGAAGAUAAAGAAGUUACAACUCCGGGAAACGAGUCGCGAUGAAUCGGUUUCUCGCGAGAUCGACCGAUCUAGAGCCGGCCCUGAUCCACCUGAUGAUGAUCAGGCAGCGUAGCUCGCGCCCGCGCAUUUUAUUCGUGGAUCCGCCACGGUGAUAAGGAUCGGCCGGCGUACGUAGACCAGCAGGAUCGAGGAUGCCGCUGUUCAAAGCGCGGGCCACGCCGAGAUCGCCGACAACGGAGAAAGCUGCGAAUGGCGUGCAGUAUCGCAACCAUCAUCAGACUGGCAAUGACAACAAUCACGACGAUGUCGCGAGCGGUAACGGUACUGGGAGCCGGCCAAGCGCACCUCUUCAGCAAGAGCAGCAGACGAUGAGGACGCCGUACCGGGACCCGAGGCCACCUUCGUUGGUCUUCCACUGCCAGCUGGCUCACGGCAGUCCCACGGGACUGAUAUCGGACUUCAGCAACGUCCGCGAGUUGUACCAGAAAAUCGCCGAGUGCUACGACUUGCCUGCGGAGGAGAUCCUUUUCUGCACGCUGAAUACGCACAAAGUGGAUAUGACGGAAUUACUGGGUGGUCAGAUUGGUGUAGGCGAUUUCAUAUUCGCACAUAAAAAAGGCCAACCAAAGGAAAUCGAAUUGGUGAAAACGGACGAUGCGCUAGGCCUAACGAUCACCGACAACGGUGCCGGUUACGCUUUUAUAAAACGCAUAAAAGAGGGUUCCGUAAUCGACAGGAUAAAAGUGAUUGAUGUGGGCGAUCACAUCGAGAGAAUCAACUCAACCAGUCUCGUCGGCAGGCGGCAUUUCGAGGUGGCGAAGAUGCUGAAAGAUAUACCGAAGGGCACGAGGUUCACGUUAAGGCUGGUGGAGCCGCAGAAGAACGGUUUCGGUAGCAUCGGACCGCGCAGUGAUCUCAGGAAGGGAAAGAAAGCUGGCUAUGGGUCGGGCAAGGAAACGCUGCGAUUCAAAGCCGAUGGUAGCGCACAAAUUAUAGAACAAGUUGACGAUGCCGCUGUGUUAGGUGUCGAGAAGAUCAAUGCCAUUUUGGAGACCUUUAUGGGUAUCUCCGAUACGGAGUUAGCCACGCAGAUCUGGGAGCUCGCCGAGGGCAAAUGCAAUAGUAUAGACUUCGCCGAGGCUAUAGACAAUUCUGACUUGGAAGAUUUCGGUUUCACCGAUGAGUUUGUGAUCGAAUUGUGGGGUGCUGUGACGGAUGCCAGGGCGGGUCGACAUCGAUGAUGUGAAAAUCAGUGUUGAAAUGAUCAGCAUUGCAAAUGCAUAUCAAAGGAGAGAAAGAAAUAAGGGGAAAAAGUAGUCGAAAGAAAACGUGAUGGAGUUCUCAAAUGCGAUCUUGUGAACAGUCAAGGAAUACUUUUCCACGCAAGAAAUGAUCGACAUUUGUUCAUGAUACGUUACCAUGAUCCUAGAAGUCUCAUCGUUGAGACAUGUUUAGCGUCAAUCAUAAUUCUGGAUCUUCUGGUUUGCAAAUCGAUCGUAAGAAUGUCAGUUCAGUACUGCAGCGGAAAAAUGUGGAAGCUGAAAUCUGCGAUACUCCGCAUCGGUCUAGAAUUAAAAUAUCACAUUGCGUUAUAUGGUAAACACAAUAAAAGAUCAAUCAAAGGAAAGUCAUGGAAAAAUUUCUCACGAGUAGAUUUAUUUCUUAUAUUUAACAUUCUUUUAUUUUCGCGCAAAACAUUUACAAGUCAAUUGUGUCACAGCCUGCAUCAAAAUCCUUUUCUGCAUGCCUUUAAUCGAGUCACUUGAAAAUCAUAUAGUUGAUAAAUGGCAUUGCUUAAUUGACAAGUGUAAGUGGCAACGACAGACUUUGUAGUAAUAUUAUACUUUUAAUACUUGUUGAUAAGAGAGACAAAUACGAUAUUUUAUCAAAAGAAAUAUUUGCCGUUUUCCAUAUUACAAAUGCAACGUGAUAAUCACAGUAAUAUUGAGUCCUUUCUUAUAAUUAUUAAAAAUUCUGCUUAUUCGACUCAAUAUCGAUCUAUGAAAACGCGUGAAAAACUAUUUAAUAUCUUAGCAACAAUUAGUAUAAAUUAUUCGAAGGCAAACGUAAACAUGUUAUCUAAUGUUAACUAUCGAUUAUUCUAAUGUGAGUCGAUUAGUAUUCCUUAGUAUUCGUUAGCAUCGAGUAUUCGAAAAAUGUUACGAGAAUGAUAAGAAUGAAUUAAUAUAUUUUAAUAUAUACAUAUACAUGUAAGCGAGAGGAUGUAUAAUGUAAGUAUAAAUGUGCGAAAAAUAUUCUUUGUCAUCGAUAAAUAAAGUCUUUAUAGUAAA